UUCCGAAUCAUAUACCGGGAGUACUACUCCUAAAGAGGAGGCCCACAUGUCGGUAAAACCACAAAUCCACAAUAUACUACACUCUCUCUCACCGACGGCCCUCCCCUAUAAACCCAAUUUCCCCACAAAACCCCAGAUGGCACCCACCCACAACGCAGCCUUCGCCGUUUGGCCCCCGAGGUAACCGACGGACACCACCACCACCGCGCCGCCUCGCCUCGUGAAGCUCCACUAGUUUCUAGGGUUUAGCCUAGCCCCGACCCCGAGGAGGCCCGAGAUCGCAAUGGAGGGCGGCGGCGAGGGCGCGGAGUCAGCAGCUGUCGCCUCCGCGGCGGCGGCGGAGGUGGAGGUGAAGAACCCGAGGUGCUUCAUGGACGUCAGCAUCGGCGGCGAGAUUGAGGGGAGGAUCGUUAUAGAGCUCUACGCGUCGGUGGUGCCGCGGACGGCGGAGAACUUCCGCGCGCUCUGCACCGGGGAGAAGGGCGUCGGCGCCGUCACCGGGAAGCACCUACACUACAAGGGAUCUUGCUUCCAUCGCGUUAUCAAAGGCUUUAUGGUACAAGGUGGAGAUAUAACUGCUGGUGAUGGAACAGGAGGGGAGUCAAUUUAUGGGUUGAAGUUUGAGGAUGAGAAUUUUGUUUUGAAGCAUGAGAGGAAAGGAAUGCUAUCAAUGGCUAAUUCUGGUCCCAACACAAAUGGAUCUCAGUUUUUCAUCACUACAACUCGGACACCUCAUUUAGAUGGGAAACAUGUAGUUUUUGGUAGAGUAAUUAAGGGAAUGGGGGUGGUUCGCUCUGUUGAGCAUGCUCCUGUUGGAGAGGCUGACCGCCCGACUUCUGAUGUUGAAAUUGUCGAUUGUGGGGAACUUCCGGAAGGUGCUGAUGAUGGAGUUGUGAACUUCUUCAAUGAUGGUGAUACGUAUCCUGAUUGGCCCAAUGAUCUUGAUGAGAAGCCUAUGGAGGUUUCAUGGUGGAUGGAUGCUGUUGAGUCUGCUAAGGCUUUUGGGAAUAAUAAUUUCAAGAAACAGGAUUACAAGGCAGCUCUGAGAAAGUACAGGAAAGCACUGCGUUACUUGGACGUUUGCUGGGAGAAAGAAGAUAUAGAUGAAGAGAAGAGCUCAGCACUGCGGAAGACCAAAUCGAUUAUACUCACAAAUAGCUCUGAGCAGUGUCUUUCUGUUCCUGCUUGCUACUCACUCCGUACACAAACUUCAAAUUCGUGCUCUGUUGUUCACCUACAUUGCCCUUCAAAUCUUGUUCAGGCAUGCAAAUUGAAGUUGGGAGAUUUGAAGGGUGCUCUGUUGGAUGCUGAUUUUGCACUGCGUGAAAGUGAGGGCAAUGCUAAGGCAUUUUUUCGACAAGGACAGGCACACAUUGCACUCAAUGACAUUGAUGCGGCAGUGGAGAGCUUCAAGCAUGCAUUGGAGUUGGAGCCAAGUGAUGGAGGAAUUAAACGAGAGCUAGCUGCUGCAAAGAAGAAGAUUGCCGACAGAAGGAAUCAGGAGCGGAAGGCAUUUGCAAGGAUGUUCCAACCUUCUGGAAAAUCAGACAAAGACAAUGAAGAGAGCAAGUGAUCCCUAGUUUCCUUUCCCCGGCAGAACUUUUGGUAGCUUGAUCUGGGAUACAUACUGGAACCGUGAAGAGGUCCAAAUUAUACGAUACGACACCAUUUACACUCUUUAAUUUUGUUAAUAUAUACUGAUUAAAUGAUAUGCUUUCUUUUUGCAGGGUAUAACAAGGGAGUCUGCGCAGCUAACGCAAAAGACGCUGACUCCCUAUCUAGAUACAAGGAAAAAAAAUAGUGGGGGAGAGGAUAGCCUUUGUUUUUCUUUUGCAUUACUACAAAAGUAAUUGUGCGUAUCAACGCUGUUAAAGCCGAGACAUUGAACUGAACAGCACGGUUUCCACUUUUCAGACUUUGCUGCAAGGCAUGCCAAUGGACAUUUCCUUUCGUCUUGGACUGUUGUGUGCUCAACCUGACAAUUGACACCUUUUGUGCGUGGC